AUGCACGAGGCCACCAAUUUAAUCAUAGCAAAAUGGGCACGUUCAUAUUUCCAUGCAAGCCCGAUUAUUGAUCACCGUUUAUCUGAUUUACCCUUCCUCUUCUUCAUCGCUUGGGUAUUCAACAUGGAGGACGAAUUCCAACAGGUCACUCGCCAAAUGCAAUACAAAACUGUUGGAAGCAUUAUCGAUUCCGUGGCAAGUUUCCCUGUCGAUUUACCGAUUCUACACAGUAGCAUUCAAAAACUUGAGAGGGCAAAACGUGAAAAAAUCACACGCGUAAUCGAAAUCAUCAGACAGAUGAUUGCCACACCACUUAUCGAUUCUGCAGAGCCAUCGGCAGAAGUGAAUCACAAGAAGAUGUACUCGAGGAGGAGAUGCGAUAGAGUUGUUCUCGACGGUUUAAUUUCCGCAGCUUCGCAAAAAGAUAUCUGGCCAUUAGAUGUGGCACAGUCUCUAGUGGAUACUAGCUCAUUCUUUCGAAUUGCGGGAAAAGCUACGACUCUGGAUUUCACGACGGAGUGCGAGAGAUUGUUAAAUUUGCAUACAAUUCAGACCGGGGUUAUGUUCGAGGUAGAUUCUUCACACAGAAUCAAGAAUGAGAUUCAGGAUGGUGUGACAUUGAUCGAGAGACGGUUGAUGGGCUUGAAGUUGAAGCGGGAAAGGGCGAGAUUUGAUUUACAGAUGUUGGAAACACAUCUUUGA